AUGAUCAACCGCAAACAAGAACAAGGCGAAGAAGCCAUCUCCACAAUCCAGAAUGAAAAGUCUGAUGCAAAAGUUGACUGGAAAGAGUGCGACAUGGGAAAUCUAGCUCAAAUCCGCAAAGUCUUUGGUGGUCUGCGAGAGUCACUUGAUAGACUUGACUUUUUGGUUCUUUCGGCUGGUAUCAACACGAAUCAAUUUGGGUUGGAUUCCGAUGGGAUUGAGCGACAUUUUGGGGUGAACUUUUUAGGGCAUUUUUAUGUGUGUAAUCAGCUUUGGCCGCUUUUGAGAAAGACGGGGAAGAUGGAGAAUACGCCGCCGCCGAGAGUUGUGUUUGAGGCCAGUGAGAUGCAUCGUCUUGCACAGCUUUCGAAUAUUCAGUUCAGAAGCAAGGAUGAGAUCAAUGAUCCGAAUCUUGACUCCACGGCUCGAUACAACAGGACCAAGCUUGCGAUGAUCUUGUUUGCAAAGUAUGGAUUAGCUGGAAAGGUUAUCCAAGAGAACAACGACAGGAUCUACGCCCUGUCUGUUCAUCCUGGAGCAGUUAAUACCGCAAUGCAGCAGCAGUGGAAAGACGCUUACCCCGGCCUGACAGGAAAACUUCUAUCCUGGGCUAUGCUAGCCAUCGGACGUGACGUAGAGCAGGGAUCGUACAGUGCACUCUGGGCGCUGACUUCACCCAAGAUCGAAGAAGAGCAUCUGAAUGGGUAUUACUUCUCUGACCCUGAUCAAGAGGGCAAGGAAACGAGUCAGGCUUCAAACCCCGAGUUGGGAGCCAGCUUGUGGAGCUUAAGUGAGACGCUUAUUGAGGGGGUGUUGGGCAGUGAUGCUUUGCUUGACUGGAAUGUGUCUACUGUCACCGGAAAGGAUCUCAAGUAA